AGAUUUAUUAACUGGAUUGGCUGCACUUUGUUGUUCUUUCUAGUGACAAAUGAUACUUGAAUCUAUCUAUUCUCCGCAAAAGAUCUCAUUUAGCUCACGAACAUCGUCCAUGACUAUCAUCACUAUUAGCUCCCAAUCUAUACCUAUUAAAACACAACUCCCUAUCCUCGAACAUUACCGCACCCAAUCAACAUGCCCAUCAUCGACUCCAAAAAAUACUCCUGCGAAUCAUGUAUCCGCGGGCACAGAGCAACAACAUGUACGCAUGCCAAUCGACUACUGGUUUUAGUACGGAAGCCAGGACGUCCUAUGCAGAAUUGUGCGCAUGAAUUUAGAGGAUGUGUUUGUGGGAGAUUAGGGGGAGUGGGGGAUUGGGGCGUGGAUAGACCCAGAGAUAUGUUGAAGUCGACUGGCUGUGAUGUGAGAGGAAGUUUUAAUGUUAAUGGUAUUAUGGGAUCGGAAAUGUCUCGAGGAAAUGUCUCCAAGACGGAGAGCAAAAAGAAGGGGAGGAAAGUGAAGAAAGGUGGAAUAGGUGAUGCACAGAAGAACAAAGUCAAGAAAAGAGCCAAAUAUCCCACAACACCAUCACGAGAAGAACCUCAUCUCUAUCCCCGAAAUUCCCAGUGUCGGAUCAGCGAGUUGUGCUAGAGAACAGCAGCUAAACUGAACCGGAAUUUAUCCUCGACCCAACACACACAGAAAUAUUCAUCUCCAGCUCUAUAUCCAUACCCGCUGUAUCGAACUUCCUCCCUCCUAUCACAACACUGAUUCCUCGAGUACAGGAUCAUGCAUUGCUUGCUCCUCAGACGACGUAUAUCGAUCGUUUACCGAGCUGUAUCUUCUACAAUCAACAACAAAAUGAUCAGACCAAUGUUAAAACAUAUUUGUGAAGUCCAUUCUCGCAACAUCACC